UCAGCGAACCCUCCACCGGGAAGCUGCGUACCUUUGUUUCCAUUGAGCGAGUUAGUUUCGAAAUUCUGCUGUUAUACCUACUUCUGCUCCAUCGAAACUCUGCAAAUUGGACUAAACUGGGUCACCUGUACCAAAACCUAAACGUGUGUCUGCCAGCCAAGCAGGUAAAAUGAGUCUGGCCUCUCCUGAAUCGCACCUUGACCCGAUGUCAGAAAAAACAGUGGAGCCUGAUAGCUCAGCAGAAACUAUGAAGCCCUCUUGCAACAGGGAGUCCACCAUUCUAGCUAAGAUCACUGGACUGAAUCAAUCUGUCGCCUCAGGCGAGAGUGAAAAUGAAGGUGCCACCUCUGACAACCCUUCAGACAACAACACAAGCAGCGGCUCUAAAGAUGACACCCUACAGAAGAAAGUGAACUGCACUGCCUGUGGAAAACAAGUAAAUCAGUUUCAACGCAACUCUGUGUACAAGCAUCCUGUCCUCAAAGUACUUAUUUGCAAGUCAUGCUACAAGUAUUACACAAGUGAUGACUUCACCAGAGACUCUGAUGGGAUGGAUGAGCAGUGCAGAUGGUGUGCUGAAGGUGGCAAACUCAUCUGCUGUGACUACUGCAACAAUGCCUUCUGCAAAAAGUGCAUUCUGCGCAACCUGGGCAGGAAGGAGCUUUCAGUCAUUACUGAUGAGAACUCAAAGUGGCACUGCUAUGUCUGCAGAUCAGAGCCUCUCCAGGAUCUGGUCUCCAAAUACCACCGCAUCAUGGAAAAACAAGAACUGCAAUUCAAGCAACGAAAAUUGGACAGAGGCAAAGAACGUGAGAGCAAGAGACACAAGAGCAAAGCCAUCAAGGAGCACAAAGUAGUUGUGAAUGGGAAAGAACAUACUGAAGGCUCGGAGACCAUGACAUUCUCCUACAGAAAAGUGCAGGUACCCAAAGAACUUAUAAAGAAAACAAAAAAGCUUGUUGAAACAACUACUGGUCUCAACAAUACAUUCAUUCAGUUCAUACAGCAGACAGCUGAGGAACAGGGAGAUGAGGCUGUCAGGUAUCGGCACUUGAAAGCCUUCAAGACCGUGCUUGCUGACUUGAAAAAAGCCCACAGUGCAUUGGAAGAGGCUUUGGGGGCUGAAUUCGGAAACAUGGAGUUGCAGAAUGGUGACGAAGUGCAACAUAUUGUAAGAGAGAACACUAAUGUUGUCGCCCCUGUAGAAAACCAUCAAGUGAAAAAUGUGGUGGUUGCGGAAGAGGCUAAUGCAGCAAAGGAGGCGAAUGCAAUAGAGGAUGCCUGUGUAGCAGAGGAGGCUGCUGUGCCAGAAGAGGCUGAUGCAGCAAAUGAGGCAAACACAGAAGAGGAUGCUGAUGUAGCCAAGGAGGCUGCUGUGGCAGAAGAGGCUGAUGAAGCAAAUGAGGCUAACACAGAAGAGGAUGCUGAUGUAGCCGAGGAGGCUGCUGUGGCAGAAGAGGCUGAUGCAGCAGAGGAGGCUACCACAGUAGAGGAUGCUGGUGUAGCAGAAGAGCCUGCUGUGGCAGAGGAGAUUGAUGCAGCAAAGGAGGCUGAUGUUGCAGAGGAGGCAGAAUGUGUAGGUGAGGCUGAUGCAGCAAGAGAGGCUGACAUAGUAAAGGAACCAGUCAAGGAGGGGCAUAAUGAGGCUGAAAUGAAUGUCAUCCAAACAGAAACUGAUGCAAUCGAAAAUACAAUGAAAAUGGAAGUAUAUGAUGAUGGCCUACUGUCAGCUGGUGAAACGUUCCUUGAUGAAGACAUUAUGUCUGUGCCUCCUUCGGUCCCUGAUGAGCUUUUUCAGAUGGUGGAGGGUCUUGAGGAUUUCACCCCCAUACAGGAAGAUACCAUUUCAGUCAAAGAUGCUGAAACAAAGUCAAAUGAAAACUUAAACUCUCAACCCACCCAGCCCAAAAUGAAGAACCUCAUAGUCAAACUGACUCCUGUGCCAGUUGUGACCAUGCAUGGGUUAGGGUCCUCCAUGUCAGAAAACAAAGAAAAAGCUGAAGAGAUACAAAAACAGUGUGAAGAUAAAUGUGAGAAGGUAAACGUUGAUGCUGCAGACAGCCCACCACCCAGCCACUGCUCUAGUAGACUGAAGACCACUCCCUUGAAGAAGCAGGCUGACAAUCUGGACAAGGAAGAGUCCCCCGAGUCAAAGUUAGCAGAAGAGCAACACAUAGUGAGAAAGGGCACUAAUGUAGAAAAUGACCACAUGGAUAAUGCAGUGGACGCAGAGGAGGCUGACGUAGCAGAGGAUGCUGGCGCUGUAGAGGAGGCCGCAGCUGUAGAGGAGGCUGAAGUUACAGAGGAGGCUGACGCAGUUAGGGAGGCUGUAGCAGGGGAUGCAGACAUAGUGGAGGAGUCUGACAAGGAGCAGCAUAAUAAGCAGGAAGUGGACAACAGUCAAGUGACAGGUGAGACUGAAAAGAAAGACAACCAAACAGAAACUGAUGCAAUCAAAAAGACGACACAGACUGCAGUGUAUGAUGAUGAGCUAAUGUCAACAGACUCUCAACCCACCCGGCCCAAAAUGAAGAACCUCCUACUCAAACUGAGUCCUGUGCCAGUUGUGAUGAUGGGUGGGUCAAGGUCCUCCAUGUCCAAAUACAAAGAAAAAGAUGGAGAGGCACUUGAAACGUGUGAGGAAAAAUGUGAGAAGGGAAAAGAUGAUGCUGUAGGUGGGACAGACAGCCCACAACCAUGCCGUCGCUCAAGUAGAUUCAAGACCACUCCCUUGAGGAACCAGGCUGAGAGCAAGGGCAAGGAAGAAUGCUCUGAUACAGAGUCCAAGAAGGAUAAGGAGGAGACCAAGGAUUCAGAGAAAAAGAUGAUGGAGUCUGACUCAGAUGAAAUUCCUAACAUACUGUUGGAGAAAGCUGCAGCAGGCCACAGCACAGAUGAGGAACAGGGAAGCACAACUGCUAAAAAGUGUUUAUUCAAACCAGACAAUACGUCUGCAAAGGAUGAAGACAAAGUGUCCAAAUGCAAGAGGAAGUCUGAAAGCUCUGAUUCAAACUUGGAUAACAAAAGUAAAAAGAAAAAACAGAAUGGCUCAGACUCCUCUGACUCUGACUCUGACCAGGGGACGGAGAAAAAGAGUAAAGUAGCCAUACAGCAGAGGAGAUCUAGCCGUGUGAAGAAACAAGAUGAAGCAAAAGAGGAAGACAGAAACUCACAGGAGAGGAAAGGUGCCAAGACGAGAAGUUCUUACAAAAAGAACUGCAAGAGAAGUAGCUCCAAAGCAGCCUCCAAACUGCAGUCAUCCUCCAGUGGGGAUGAAGAGGAGCAGCAGGCUGAAGAUGACUCAGGAGAGGACAGUGCCGAGCAAACAAUCAAACCUAUUGUGGAGGAUAACGUGGUGGAAAGUAGUGGACCUUUUCAUCAAUGCUCAGGAGACAAAGAGGACGAUAAAGAGGAAGUCUCUCAGGUCUGUGAAGAUGAUGUUGAUGAUGAUCCUGAAAACAGGAUUGCAAAGAAAAGGGUUCACUUCUCAGAGGUGGAGAAUGCUGCCAGUGAAGAGAAGGAGAAUAAGGGAGCCAAGAGGAAGAAAGUGGGCAGCAAUGACUUUUCAGACUCAGACUUCGACAUGUCAGAGUCCAGGGCAGAGUCGGGGAUAAGCGAGGAGCCUAGUGAACCAGAGACCAAGGAGAAGUUUCGGCAGACCAGAUCAUCGAAGAAGAAGGACGAUGAGAGCAAGAAAAGUUACAGUCUGAGGAAGACGCAACAAAAGAUCAAAGUUCAGGAUUCCUCAUCCAGCAAUGAGAAGAGCGGAGAGGAAGGUGAUGACGACGCAAAUGAAGAAGGACGCAAAAAGAUUUGCAAAACCCUGAAGGACGACAAGCUGCGCACAGAGACUGGAGAUGUUCUGACGGAAGAAGACGAGAAAUGUGUAGCUGAGACAGAGGCACUCAGGGAGAAACUUGAAGAGGUAAAAAUGAAAUGCGGCAUCAUGAAAUGCUACGUUAGUCUGAAGAUGUUGAAAAUAGAAUUGUGGACAUGAUUGGAACUACUUUUAAAUCUCCUGAAAUGUGUUAAUGUAUUAGAUACACUAAGUAUUUUGUGAUGAAUAUCACAAUAGUUGAGUUGAACCUUUUACAUUACUGAUUUCCCACUAUGUGUGAAACUGAUUUUAAACAGCCUUUGCUGGUUCAAAUACACUAUAAUGGAUUUGUGGAGGGAACAAAAAUAGAAGGGUAUGCAGUAUUAUUUUCGCAACUUUUUGCUUUAGGUCGGAAGCAUAGGGGCAUGCAUGCGAGCCAGCUCUUAUGCUAACUGCCAUUUUCUAAUCUGAGCAGGUCAUCUUUUUAUUUGUUUACAUAAGUCAGAACCCUUUCUGUUAUAUUGAAAUAAACCAUACAUAUUGUAUGCAGGUUGAGGGUUUUGUGGAGAUAAUGCAAUUUUUAAUGUGGUGAUAGCAAACUGAUUUUGUAUCAUAAUGUAUGUGAAAUUUACAUCCAUCAAACCCAUGGAUAUUUUUUUAAUAAAUUAUAUUACACAUUUAUUCUGUCAUUCUUGUUGCUCUUUGUCUGUUUCAUUUUGAAAGCGGCAAUAAUCCUAUUUGUUUACUGGUGCUUUAAAAAAGAUUAUGAUGGCAAAUUACAGCAAUUGAUGUGUUAUUUUUAUUGCAUUUCCUGCUGUUGGAGAAUCUGUACGCCCAAUAAAUAAUUGAUCAUGU